AUGCACUACUCUCCCGGUGCCCCGAUCCUACGUUCCAAUAACCUCGUGGAUUGGGAGAUGGUUGGACACUCAGUGCCAGAGCUGGCAUUUGGUUCCGGUUACUACCUAGACGGCGGCCAAGCAUAUAUCCAAGGCACAUGGGCAUCAUCGCUGAGAUAUCGUGCGAGCACAUCAACCUACUAUUGGAUCGCGUGUAUUGAUUUCUCCAAGACAUAUAUUUACACUGCCUCUGCUGUUGAUGCUACCUGGGCGCAGGCUGCUGUCAUUGACUCUUGUUACUACGACGUUGGUCUUUUAGUGGCCGCCAAUGAUACAAUGUAUGCCGCCUAUGGAAGCACCAACAUUCAUGUAUCCGAGCUGUCAUCGGACGGAUUGAGUGAAGUUACGUCAAAGGUGGUAUAUGAAUCAGAUGUUGGAUAUAUCGAGGGUUCUCGCUUCUAUGAAAAAGAUGGCAACUUUUAUAUCCUGGUAUUAAAACCCGGAUCUCCAUCCUCGGAGUAUGUUCUCCAGUCCACGACUGGUCCAUGGGGUCCUUACACUAUCCAAGAGCUGUUCACCGAUGCUGGCAACCCAGUCCCGGGAUGCGGAAAUCCACACCAGGGAGGUAUUGUGGAUACUCCUAACGGAGAUUGGUAUUUCAUGGCCUUUGUGGAUGCCUACCCCGGUGGACGUAUUCCAGUUCUCGCACCGCUUGGAUGGGACUCGAACGGGUGGCCCUCAGUCAACCUUGUGAAUGGUUCCUAG